GUAGGGUUUGGCGAUGGAUGCUGGUGCCGAGGACGCGGUGUUCUAUUCGAUCUAUCCGGGAUUACCAGCCGGCGCGAGCGAUGGCGAUGCCUUGAUCCAGCUCCAGCGCCUCCGCGACGAUUGCCUAGCUGUAGCGUCGCCGCUUGUCCGUGGAUACAUCUGGCAGCACGCGCAGUUCGAUUUGCAGGUAGCGCUUUCGGCGCCGCCAUCGCACAGGGAGCCGGCAUUUUCCGGUGAGGAGGAGCCGGCGGCUCGUUGCGAUCCCGGGCUGCCGCUUGUCUAUGGAAGAACGAGGUAUGGGCAUAAUCUGGAGGAUGAGUGGUUCGUGGUUUACUUGCUCUACGAGAUUUCUCGGAGGAUUCCGGGGGUGUAUAUCAGGGUGUGGGACUCUGAUGGGGAGUUUUUGCUCAUAGAGGCAGCGUACGCGAUACCAAGAUGGUUGAAACCAGAGAACAGCCAGAACAGGGUGUUCAUCAGCCAGGGGUCACUUCACAUUCUUCCACUGCCCACCUCUCCGGCUCACGUUGGCCUUUCUCUAGCAAAUCCAACGCUGGCAGAGGCCGUGAGAGUUCUUUCCAGCGGAAGCGUCGAUACUAGAGCUUCCGAGGGUGUCCAGGCAGCAAUCGGCCGAAAGUUGGAAGGAUAUCCCGAGCGGUCCCGGAAGAACAUGCACAGAGUGAGAUGCAAGGUUCCUUUGAGCGUAGCGCAGGUGCUCAAGCACGAGCCACAGCUGGUUGCUCUGGCGGUGGAGGCGUUUUACACUCGCGAUCACGAUGCAAUGGCUGCGGCCUCGAGGAUGGAGAAGUUUUUACGUGGAGGGCAGGAUGAGAUAGUCACUGUGGCGGUUUGCUUGUCCAAGGCUAUGUACGCUCAGCUCAAGCAGCAGGUUUUCCAGGCUCCUCGGAUUUAUCCUGCGGAGGGACAAGAUGACAUUGGCGUGAAGCUGGCCUGCGGUUUUGAGAUGAUGUACUGGGAACGAUCCAAUUUCCAGGAUGAGCAGGCGGUAGGCAAAACAUUUCGAAAGGGCCUGGAGGCUAGAGGUUACUUUAAAGAUCUUCUUGAAGGAUCGAAAGAACACCGCCAGCUUUUGGACGCUGCCUUUGCCAGCUACCGAGAGACUGAAACGUUUUCAAGAAUAAGAGAAGCAAUGCAAGUCCCUGCGAAACGAAUUGACGAAAUUUUGGCUUUGGAACAUAAAGCCGAGGAUUUCAUGAAUGUGGAUAUCCCGGAAAGUGACGAUGACUCGUGGUUAUAUAGAGGUGAAGAUGAGCUAACAAGUGCCAUGCAAGAGAGACAGAAGGAAAUGGACGCUCAUGAUAAGAAAAGUGGUGCUAAAACUCUGGCACCUGUUGUCGAAGGCGAGUUUGAUCCCAGCGAAUUGACCAAGACAAUGAAGUCAUUUGUGGACAAAAUCUCAAGUUUUGAGGGUGCCGAGGUACCAAAGAAUGACGAGCCUGUGUCUAUGGAUUUGGAAAAUUUUAUGCAAGAGCUCAAAACAGCACUGAAACUGGAUAAUGAGCGUGCCGGGGACUUACAGUCGGGCUCCUCAGAUUCAGAUUCGGGUGAAGACGACGAUUCGAAAGGUGAGGAUGAUUUUAUGGAGGAGUACUCCGACGCUAUCCAACACGAGCUUAAAAACUCGAGCGUCUCCAAAACAUUUGCUCAACCUGACGUGUCUCGCGCUUCUGGGUCAGCAUCUACUUCUGCUACCGCUACCGGAGAUGACAACUUGCACGUGGACGUAGACCUCAACCUGCUUAAGAACCUGCUCGACUCGUACUCAUCGCAGCAAGGCCUGCCCGGACCAGCGUCUAACGUCCUGGGAAUGAUGGGAAUGCAGCUCCCAGACGACAAGGAGGAGCAUAAACGUAAGACUCGGAGGAAGUGACGUGACGAACUGCGUCGAUUUGGACGAGACAGAGACGGAGACAAAGCUUCCCUCGUAGAAACCAAACAGUGGGACUGUGUUACAACUUAAGACCCACGCGUUCGGAUGAGAAUGCAAGAAUUAUUUAUUUCAGUUACCAGGAAAUGUCGGGUAUUUGAGAAGCUGGAUCAUGUGAUUCCAGUAAACCGGUUCCAGAGUCAGAUCACGAGGCAGUAAAGUCGCCCAAGCUGCGAAAUGAAGCAGCAGAGCAACAAACCGAGGGACAUGGAGAAGCGGCCAAAGAGUGCCGGAGCAGCCUCCCCGUCGCUCAGCUGCGGGCUCUCGACGACGGCCUAGCCUCAAUAGCAUCACUCCUCCAGGAACAGUAACGAGCGUCCUCUCGGGCAUCGCUGGCCUCAUCGCCGGCGCGUGCAGUAUUGCGGUGGGAGAGUUCCUGUUGGUGUCCUUGCAGCGCGACCACGAGCCGAGAUAGAGAGGAGGGGGCGGCAGCACACCGCCGGGGGUGCGGGAGAAUUGACAUGGACGCGCUGGCGCGACCGUGGCAGUGUCGGCGACGGUGUUUACCACUGGCGGUGGUGUGCCCCUGCUAGCCGCGGGGUUCGUGGAGGCGUACCGCCAUGGCGAGGCCGAUGGUGUUGAGGCCCGGAUAGUCGUGGACGAAGCCAAACACCGCGUUGGCGCCUGGCUAUCGGGUUGUCGACAUGUAUGGGACUGGCGGCAUUUACAGUUGAUUGUUACCGACUCUUUCUAGAGUUUAAAUAUGGAAUAUUUAAAUUUUAUAUUUAUAUUCUAGGAUUCUAUUAUUUGUACAAAAAAUAUUCUUAUGAUAUCCCUUUAACAUA